AUGCUAUACCGAGCUCUCCCACUGGCAGCCCUUGCGGCAAACAUCUUGGCAGCUCCCGCCGAACCGCCCAAGUGUCCUCAGACCAUAUGUGUCGACAAGAUCAGUCCAUGCGGCGUAAAGUAUGGCAGCUGCUAUGAUAUUUGCGACGCGGAUCCCAGAGUCAGGCCGACGCCUCCCCCUUGCCCGGCCUCGUACUCGUCUGCCUUGCUCACGACGUCAAGCUUCAGUGCGGAUAAUUGCAGCACCCGUACCGUUUGUGCCGAUUAUAUCAACGAAUGCGGAAUAUGGUACGGCGGAUGCUUUGCGGAUUGCACCCCAUGGCCAACAUUCUCAAAGCCUCCGUGCCCCAGCAAUACCAGCACGUCAUCCAAUUUCCCAGUCCUGGUGACCACCACCACGACACUACCCCCGAGCGUCAUCGUCACCGACACGCCGACGACACCCACCAGCACAGACUGUCACGACCAGACCAUUUGCGCCGACUACAUCAACUCGUGCGGCCAGACCUACGGCGGCUGCUUCUCGGCGUGUACGCCCUGGCCCGUCUUUACCCCGCCGCCGUGUCCGAGCAGCAGCAACGAAACCACCACGACCGUAACCGUGGCCACGGGAGCUUCUGGUGGUGCCGUGGCUCCCGUGAUCACGGCCACGUCUAUCAUUCCCACUCUCAUCACCCCUACACCACUCACCACCACCUCUCCGACACCAGUAACGGCCGUGACGUCGAUCUGCGUUGACUACUUUACAACGUGUACCUCGUUUACCAGUACAUUUGUACUAACCUGGGGCGGCUGCUAUCCGUGGGGUGGGCCUACACCAACCUUCUCGGCGCCGUAUUGUCCAGUGGUGACGACGACCAGUGUUCCUGCGUACCCAGUAUUGGGUCCAAAGAGGCCGCUUUGA